GUUACACAGUGGAAAUUAUAGUGUUAUAGCCCAACUAUUAAAGAGUUCAAAUUAACUCUGUUUCAGAUAACAUUUGGUCCCAUUUAAGCAGCAUGUAGGCAUACUCUGUUCAACAAAAUUAGGUGCAGUCUUCCUAGAGUAUCUGUGGUGUAGGCUAUUGUAGGCUAUUGAUUGUUCUACUAACUGCCAACUGUAGGUAUAGCAGGCUAGUAGUGUAACAACAUUGAAAACUUUUAUUUUGACAAUAAAUCAGAUUGGCGGAUAUUGAAUAGACAUUCCACUGUCGCGCGCUUCACAGUGUAUACUCCACUGUUUACAAAACUCAACUACUAGAGUCUGGUCGGAGCAGAGGGGAAAAAAUCAAGAAAUGUCAGAACAUGACGUUUUUCGUCAAGAGUUAGCUGCAGUGAUACGCGUGUUUGUUGAAACAGCUAUUGCAGAAAUAAGCAAGUUAAUUGACGGAGGCGUCACUUUGACUUCUUAUGAGGCGCUUUGUAGAGAAUCCAGAAAUGAUACAGGUCAUUCGACUGAUUCGGAGCUGGGCAAGGGGAAACGCACAACGGUCCUGUGCUCAGUGUUCGAGAGGCUGUCAGAAGAUGUCACAGACAAAAUCUUGCUACUGGUGCAGAAGAUGGCAAAGACAAAGUCUGCUGAAACUAAACUUGGAGAUGCAUCCCUGGGUUGUCAGGAAGCAGAUGACAGAGUGACUGAAAAGGUCUGCUUCUCUGACUCUGUUGGCCCUCAGAUGAAAGAUGCUGUCAGGGAAGCAGCAACAACAGAGGGUUCUACCACCACCACCACUACAGUGACCGAGACUGCCCCUUCGGAGAUCCUCAGAAGGAGCCACAGGAGGCCGAGAGGGGUCCGCAGAGGAGCCCAGAAGCCUGAAAACACAGAACCAGCACCAGGCCUCGCCGGCAGAGGAGCCCAGAUGCCUGAUGGCACAGAACCAGCACCUGGCCUCACCUGUGGCCGCUGUGGGAAGGUGUUCAGCAAGCAGAGCAACCUGAAGGCUCACCAGGUGGUCCACACAGGUGAGAAGGCGUUCAGGUGUAGGCAGUGCGGUCGACGCUUCACGGCCAGGUGCAGCCUGAACGUCCACCUGCUGACCGUCCACAAGGGGGAGCGACGCUACAGCUGCACCUACUGCGGCAAGGUGUUCGGCACGCAGUCGCACCUGAGGGGCCACCAGGUAGCGCUGCUGGGCAGGGAGACCAAGGCGGCGGCGCCCACCUGUGCCCCGUGUGGACUCAACUUCCCGGCCAGGUGCGCCCUCAAGCAGCACUGGGCGACGGCUCACCGAGGCGAGAGGCAGUUCAGGUGCCGGCUGUGUCCCACAGUGUUCCUCAAUGCCACCGAGCUGCGGAGCCACCAGGCAGAAGGCCACAGGGCGUCCUUGUCCUUGUCCUCGGGCGGGAAGAGGCCGCACACCUGCGUUACCUGCGGGAAGACCUUCACGGCGCGCCGCAGCCUGAACGUACAUGCGUUGACUGUACACGAGGGCCAGAGGGCGUUCGGCUGCGAGGUGUGCGGCAAGCGCUUCAGCCAGAAGAGCGGCCUGAAGAGCCACCAGCGGGUACACACAGGGGAGAGACCCUACUCCUGCGACAGGUGCAGCAAGAGCUUCAGCAUGAAGAGUGCUCUCAGGGUGCACCAGCGUGUACACACCGGCGAGAAGGCUUACAGCUGUGAGGUGUGUGGGAAGUGUUUCAGCCUGGGGCCCAACCUGCUGCGCCACCAGCAAACGCACACAGGGGAGAAGGCGCACCGCUGCCACCUGUGCCAGAAGAGCUUCACGCAGGCCACACACCUGAAGGCACACCUGAGGACUCACACAGGUGAGGCUGGCUUCAUCUGUGAUACCUGUGGGAAGAGCUAUAGCCAGCUGCACGCGCUCAGGGUUCACCUGCGCAUCCACAGUGGAGAGAGGCCCUACGCCUGCACCGCCUGCCCCAAGACCUUCCGUUCGGCAGACUACCUCAAACGACACCAGCGUACCCACGUGUCGGAGCGCCCCCACCCCUGCCCCGAGUGCGGUAAGCAGUUCCACACGGCGGCCGCCCUGAGAGCCCACGGCCAGGUGCACCGCGCCACCAAGCCCUUCACCUGCGAGCUGUGCGGCCAGGGCUACAGCUCCCGCAGCUACUUCAACCUGCACCGGCAGGCCCACAGCCAGGGCAAGCCCUACACCUGCCCCCAGCCACACUGCGGACGCACCUUCACCAAGCAGAGCAGCCUGGACCUGCACCGACUGGUGCACACCGGAGAACGACCACACACCUGUCAAGUGUGUGCUCGGAGCUUCAGCUUGGCCCAGAACCUGCAGCGCCACAUGCGCGUCCACACAGGUGAGAAGCCCUUCGCGUGCGCCACUUGCGGCAAGAGCUUCAGCCAGGCCAACAACCUCAAGGCCCACAUGCAGACUCACACCGGCGAGAAGCAGUUCAGCUGCCAACGCUGCAACAAGGCCUUCUGCUCGCAGAGAAGCCUCAACCAACACAAGUGCACUGGGGAAGACACCAAGGGAGACUUGGCUUAUCUCAGUUAGGCCUCCAGUCUCAACGAGUAGCAGUGUAAGAUGAGAUCAGUAUAUCUUAAAAAUCCAUGUUGGAUGAACGUAUUUAUAAAUGUUAGCCACCUAACAAAGUUUUAUUUAUUGAUUUUAAAAAUGAAUCUCUAAACCCCUACUGUUACUGUGGUAGUGUCUAAUUGGGCCAAUAAAUAAAGGUCU